GUCACCUUGUCCGACGAGAAGAUGGACGAGCUCGGCAUCUUCGACGGCGACGUCGUCUGCGUGUCGGGCAAGGCCCACAAGACGCUCUGCGUCGCCGCGAGCGGCGCGACGCCCGCGGGCGCCGAGGACCUCGCCGGCGCGUGGUGCGCCAUGUCGCGGAACGCGCGCGGCAACUGCCGCGCGCGCGUGGGCUCGGACGUGAGCGUCGGCGCCGUCGACGAGGGCGUCGCGGCGGCGACGGUGGUCCACGUCGCGGCCUUCGCGGACACGCUCGGCGCCGCGGGCUUCCCGCGCGACGGCGUCGACGGGUCCGACGUCGCCGCGCGGUGCCUCGAGCCCUACUUCGCGAGCGGCAACGUGCCCGUCGUGCCCGGGGACCACAUCGAGUGUACGGUGGACGGCAUCGCGGGCAACCGCGCCGUCGAGUUCGUCGUCGUCGACGCGGCCGUCGUGCCCGAGGCGGGCUGCGAGUUCGCCGUCGCCGCGGAGCCGCUCAUGCGCAGCGACGACGACCGCGACGACGAGGUCAGCUACGACGACCUCGGCGGCAUCGCCAAGGCGCUGGCGACGGUCCGGGAAUUGGUCGAGACGCCCCUCAAACGGCCCGAGUUCUACGAGAAGGUCGGCGUCGCGCCGCCGCGCGGCGUGCUCCUCCACGGCGCCCCGGGCUGCGGCAAGACGUCCAUCGCCCGCGCCGUCGCCGCGGAGACGGGCGCCUACUUCUUCCUCAUCAACGGCGCGGAGAUCCUCUCGAAGCAGGCGGGCGAGGCGGAGGCGAACCUGCGCAAGGCCUUCGACGAGGCGCGCAAGCACGCGCCGUCGCUCAUCUUCCUCGACGAGGUCGACGCCAUCGCGCCGCGGAGCGACGGCAAGAAGGCCGGCGGCGACGAGCGCCGCGUGAUCCGCGCGCUCUGCGAUUUGAUGGACGAGCUCGAGCGCGACCACGCGAACGCGGCCGUCGUCGUCCUCGCGGCGACGAACCGCGUCAACGGCGUCGACGGCUUGCUGCGGCGCUACGGCCGCUUGGACAAGGAGGUGGACAUGGGCGUGCCCGACGCGGACGCGCGGCUCGACGUCUUGCGGGUGCGGACGCGCGACGUGAACCUCGCGGACGAUGUGGACCUGGAGUUGCUCGCGCGGGACACGCACGGCUUCGUCGGCGCGGACAUCGCCCAGCUCUGCCUCGAGGCGGCUUUCGAGGCCAUCCGCGGGGCCUACCCGGCGGGGUCGCCCGAGCGGUCCGCGCUCCUCGCGGGCUACGGCGAGGACGCGAAGCUGUCCAUCUCCAUGGAGCACUUCCAGAAGGCCAAGGACCGCGUGAACCCGUCGGCGCUCCGCGAGACGGCGGCGUCCGUGCCCAAGGCGUCCUGGGCCGACGUCGGCGGUCUGGAGGACGUGAAGCGCGAGCUCAAGGAGACGGUGGAGUACCCCGUGCAGCACGCGGCCAAGUUCCGCCAGUUCGGGCUGCCGCCGUCCAAGGGCGUCCUCUUCUACGGCCCGCCGGGCUGCGGCAAGACGCUGCUGGCCCAGGCCGUGGCCCACGAGUGCGGCGCGAACUUCAUCUCGAUCAAGGGCCCCGAGCUCCUCACGAUGUGGUUCGGCGAGUCCGAGGCGAACGUGCGCAACCUCUUCGAGAAGGCGCGCGCGUCCGCGCCCUGCAUCCUCUUCUUCGACGAGAUCGACGCCAUCGCGAAGGCGCGCGGCUCGGGCCAGGGCGGCGCGUCGGAGGCGGGCGACCGCGUCAUCAACCAGAUCCUCACGGAGAUCGACGGCGUCGGCGCGCGCAAGGAUGUGUUUGUGAUCGGCGCGACGAACCGGCCCGAGGUCCUCGACGCGGCCAUCACGCGGCCGGGCCGCCUCGACACGCUCGUCUACAUCCCCUUGCCCGACGAGGCGAGCCGCCGCGCGGUCUUCGCGGCCGCGCUGCGCAACUCGCCCGUCGACGGCGCCGUGGAUUUGGACCUGCUGGCCCGCGCGACGCCGGGCUUCUCGGGGGCCGACUGCACGGAGGUCUGCAAGCGCGCCGCGCGCCUCGCGAUCCGCGACGCCGUCGACGCGGCGGCGAACGGCGCCGAGGGCCCGACGUCCGUGGGCGCGAAGCACUUCGAGGACGCCAUGGCGACGGCGCGCCGGUCCGUGUCCGACGCGGACCUCGCCAAGUACGACGCCUUCGCC